AUGCAAGGAUGGCGUAUCAGUAUGGAAGAUGCUCAUUCAGUACACCUCUUUUUACCCCCUACCGAUUCAUCAAAAACGAUCACACCGUCACCUGAUAUCCCUCAACAACCUGCAGGAUCGACAGUAACGAAUGAUAACGAUGAGGAAGAUGAAGAAGAUGCUCAUGCUCUGUUCGGUGUAUUCGAUGGUCAUGGUGGAUCAUCAGUUGCUAAAUAUACAGGAACCACAUUACAUACCAGAUUAGCUGGAUCAGAUGCUUAUAAAAAUGGAGAAUUCGAAGUCGCACUCAAGCAAACAUUCUUGAAAACAGAUGAAGAUCUUAGAGCAGACCCAAAUUUCUUCAAUGACCCUUCAGGAUGUACCGCUGUUGUUGGAUUAAUAACAAAAGAUGGUCGGAUCAUUGUUGCCAACUCUGGAGACUCCCGAUCGGUGUUAGGGUACAAAGGUGAAGCAAAAGCCAUGUCUUAUGAUCAUAAACCUACCAACAAGGAGGAAACUGCCCGUAUCACAUCCGCAGGAGGAUUCGUAGAAUUUGGUCGGGUAAACGGUAAUCUCGCCUUGUCUAGAGCUAUUGGUGAUUUCGAAUUCAAGCAAAACUAUUCUCUUGCUCCUGAAAAACAAAUCGUCACCGCCGAUCCUGAAAUUAUCACCCACAAACUUGACGGAGAGGAAGAGUUCUUGGUAUUGGCCUGUGACGGUAUUUGGGAUUGUCUAUCGUCUCAACAAGUUGUUGAUUUCACCCGACGAGCUAUUGCCAAUGGUGACGAGCUCGGCAAAAUUGCAGAGGAUAUGAUGGUCAAAUGUCUUGCUACCGACUCAGAAACAGGAGGUAUCGGGUGUGAUAACAUGACUGUUGUGAUUGUUGCUCUAUUGAAUGGACGAACACCCGAAGAAUGGCAAGAAUGGGUCAAAGGACGAGUGGAUAAGAAAUUUGGUUACGAUACCCCUGCAUCUGUUCCCGACAUCUUUGGCCAAAAUCAAGCUAGUACCACCGGUGGUAAUGCACUUUCAAGUUCCGGUUUCAGAGUGGCAGGUGCCGGUGGAUUAGCAAAUAUUGCUUCCAUCCUUGGCGCCUCAGGAAUCACCUUCCGACCAGCUUACGACAGCGACGACGACGAGGACGAGAUUCAAAUAAUCGGAGAAGAGGGAAAAGGGAUCGAUACCAGUGCGGACAAACCUGAUACAGGUUUGAUUGAUAAUAAGGGGGUAGAAGGGAAAACCAAACCCAAGAAUGUAACUGAUGAGAUUGAUGACGAUAAAGCCGAAGCUGCGUUGAACACUGAAAGUAAGAAAGGUUCUGUAGAAUUACUAGAUGAGGAUGGUGAUUCAGCUAUGGAUUCAGGGGAUGAAUCUGAUUCAACUACAACAGGAUCCACUCCAGCUGGAACAGAAACACAAGCUGGAACAGGAUCAUCAUCAACGCAAAAAACAUCAGCAGCGAAAUCCAUCAAUACAUCAAAUUCUCCACCUUCACCUAUCCCACCUAGUUUCUCUUCUAUAGGAUCACCCACUGUACCAACACCUCAAGCAUUACAAAGGACUUCACAUCCCAAAAAAAUUGAACAGAUCAAAUCUGAUCCCCAAGGCGACAAACCUUCAGAUGCUGUAAAAGUGGAAGGGUUAAUGGAUACAAGUGAAAAUCCAUUAAAACUUUAA